AUGGCAAUGGAGAUCGCGCUUCCUGUUUCUUUGUGCACCCAGGUGAAGCCGUUCAAGACUGCAUGGAGGAUUCAAGUGAAGAUCUUGUGGAAGUUCAUUCAGAAUUUCUCGGUGGCCCAUUCAACCGGCCACUACCGGACAACCCCGAACCCUUACAAAAUAGCUUUCAUUAAGGAGACGUUUGUGCUUCCAUCAACGUGUCUUGGCGAUGGUAACUACUUGACGCUGGUCACUUACAGGCAGAUCCACGAUGGGAAUGUCAAUGAGAGCAUUUUACAUGAGGUCAAGAGUGUGUCCAAUGCGUACAGUUCUUCCGUGAUGCUGAUCAAUCCACCGUAUCCAGAAAUAGAUGCUUUUGCCAAAAGCAUCCCAGACGAUGGUCUAUUGUUGACAAUUGCUUCCACCAAACCGGAUACGCAGUUGGUGGUCAAAAAGGAGCAAGAGAAAUACUGGGAAAUGUUUCCAAUGUCGACCAUUGGCGAGGUUCUUGCUUUAGAUACCGUUGGCACUGCCAAAAUCAUGUGUACUGUGUACACUAUCGACACAGAUAUGGGGUGGUAUUACAUCGCGUGUACUAAAUACCAGCACAACAAGGUGAAGAAAGUAAUGCCUGGUCCUAAUCAGAAGAUUCUCCUCGGUUCCAAGCAGAAGUGGUUUUGUCUCAAGUGUAAUGCAAACAUUACCAAUGUUGUGGCGAGGUAA